AUGUCUUUCGACUGCGGCUUCGACAUCUUCCCCGCCCUCCCCCCAACACCCGAGAACAAAAUCCGCUACACCGAAUUCCUCGACGACAUAACCACCGUCUACAAAACCGACGAAGAAUCCCGCUUCCUCGUCCUCCCAACCGACACCGACUUCCCCAGUUUCCUCGACAAGCACUUCAUCCACUUCGUGCUCACCAACAACCCGCGAAUCCCCGCCAACCCCAACAACUGCGACCUAUUCCUCAGCCUGCGCACCUCGAGCGUCUUCAAGGCCGGAACGCUAGACCACAUGAAGGAAAUAGCCGGCAUUGCGCGACACCAUUUUGGAAGCCGCGUGCACUUCUGGGAGAAUCAGAGCGAUAUCUACACGCGGGGAGAGGUCAACCGGGCGGAGUGGGAGGUCUUGAGGAGAAAGGAUGCGAUGGGUGCCUCGGACUCGUAG